AUGCUAAUUGAGAUACUUGAUGGAAUAAAGGGAUGUCUUAUAUACAUAAAAAAUCCAGAAUAUACAUCAGAAAACGCAAUAAUCAGAAGUAUACUACAACAUCCUCACAAAAUAUAUAAAGAGGGCGAGUAUACGAUAAUAAGAACAAGUAAAAUAUUCCCAACUGAAGUGACAGACUCGCUGGAAAUGCAGCUAAACAGUGAAUUAGAAGACAAAAUGAGAAGUGUACUACAAAGAAUAGAGUGCAAGUGCAAUUGUACAGCCAUUCAAAAUACAAGUGUACUAAGGCUGCCUGCAGAUGGAUGGGAAGAGUUAAUUGACAUGUGGUCUUGCCACGACAGGGAGUUUUCUCAUCUUACAGAACAAGAAAUGAAGCCAAAAAAGAAUGGAGUUUUAUAUUCCACCCUUCAUUUAAUUAUAGAGAAGGAGAGAGCACCAAAUUGCAUAGAAAUAAUAAAAGAAGAGAACACAAAGAGGAACAGUGAAAAAUAUACUAAAAUAUUCUAUAACCAAAUAGUAACCAAUAUAUCAGAUGAGUAUUUCUUAUUUUACUAUUUAUACGACAUUCUACAAACAAGACAGGAGAUAGAAAUAAGUGUAGAUAGCAAAAUAUACAAUAUAAGACUAGUUGAUAUAACAUAUACAUACAAUGGUUAUAUAACAGAUAAACCAAAGUUCAACUUGUCAUUAAAAUUAGCAUAUAAGAAGAUUUCUACCGAUGGGCCGCACACAAUCUCUCUUUUAAAUAUAAAUAAGUAUUAUACAGAAGCACUAGCAGAUCUGUUGGAUAAGAACAGCACUGGAAUAGAAAUGAAUAACAGAAUUAUUUCAUUUAUUUCCAAGAUAUAAUUUCAAGUUCAGUCAUAGACAGCCAAAAAUUCAUAAAAAUCAGAAACACACAGAGAGAAAUAA